UCACUUCCGGGUCAGCACUGUACGGGAGAGGUUUACUCACUAUUGAUAUUUCCAGCAGUAGAGGUUUUUCUAAAGGACAGGACACCAACAGAAAUAUACUAAGCAAGAUUAUGAAGAAAUCUUUUAAUAAAAAGACCAAGGAUUCCAACUCUCCAAACUCAAGCAAUCUCCCAGAAUCCUGUAUGUCUACAAAGGAGAUAGGAAACAUAAACCCAAAACCUUUCUCGUGUUCUGAAUGUGGAAAAUGUUUUCGCUGGCAGUCACAAAUUGUAAUACACCAGAGAAGUCACACAGGAGAGAAACCUUUCUCAUGUUUUGAAUGUGGAAAAGGUUUUAGCCUGUCCUCACGUCUAAGAACACAUGAGAGAAUACACACAGGAGAGAAACCUUUCUCAUGUUCUGAAUGCGGGAAAUGUUUUAGCCUUAAGUCAUCUCUAGUUGCACACCAGAGAAAUCAUACAGGAGAGAAACCUUUCUCAUGUUCUGAAUGUGGAAUAUGUGUAAACAGCCAUGCACACCUUCUUGUACACCAGAGAUCCCACACAGGGGAGAAAUCUUUCUCAUGUUUUGAAUGUGGAAAAUGUUUUAGCAUGUCCUCAAGUCUAAAAUUACAUGAGAUAAUUCACACAGGAGAGAAACCUUUCUCAUGUGCUGAAUGUGGAAGAUGUUUUAAUAGGCAUUCAACUCUAGUUACACAUUGGAGAACUCACUCAGGAGAGAAACCUUUCUCAUGUUCUGAAUGUGGGAAAUGUUUUACUUUUAAGGCAUCUCUAGUUGCACACCAGAGAACUCACACAGGAGAGAAACCUUUCUCAUGUUCUGAAUGUGGAAAAUGUUUUAGCCAGUACUCAAGUCUUGUUAAACAUCAGAUAACUCACACAGGAGAGAAACCUUUCUCAUGUGCUGAAUGUGGGAAAUGUUUUAACAGGCAUUCAAAUCUAGUUACACACCAGAGAACUCACUCUGGAGAGAAACCUUUCUCAUGUUCUGCAUGUGGGAAAUGGUUUAGCCAUAACUCUGCUCUAGUAGCACACCAGAGAUCUCACACAGGAGAGAAACCUUUCUCAUGUGCUGAAUGUGGGAAAUGUUUUAGCCAGUACUCAAGUCUUGGUAAACAUCAGAUAACUCACACAGGAGAGAAACCUUUCUCAUGUGCUGAAUGUGGGAAAUGUUUUAACAGGCAUUCAAAUCUAGUUACACACCAGAUAACUCACACAAGAGAGAAACCUUUGUCAUGUUCUGAAUGUGGAAAAUGCUUAAGCCAGUACUCCGCUCUAGUUGCACACAAGAGAAGUCAUACAGAUGAGAAACCUUUCUCAUGUACAGAAUAGAGAAAUAGUUUUGUUAGUAAACCAGAGUUUGUUAAUCAUCAGAUAACUCACACUGUAGAGUUUUUAUAAUGUGUUUAUGAAUUAACAUCGGAGUUAAACAACAAAUACUGUGAAUUGCUUUAUUGCUGUCAAAAGAAAUAAUACCUGUGCUAAUAGCAAUGUAUAAAUGAUGCAUUGGUAUUGCAAUUGUGUUAACUCUACAUAGCCCCUCUUUACUUUCCUCCCCUUUGAUAUUAAUGUUAAAUUUGAAACCUUCUGUGCCUUCCAUGCACAACUCUUGAAUUCUUUCAUUUUGUUUAUUUUUUGUUAGUGUGAGAGUUAUUGCACAUAUUAUCUGGUUAUUUGAUGUUCCCCAUUUAUCAAUUUCACCUAAUGAAUCUCUCCAAUUGAUUGGUUUAAUUUUCUCACCUAAUUUCUGCAUGCCUUUUUACACAUAGUUUAUUGCUUUAUCUAAUCCCAGACUCUCUCUCUUACUGUCUGUGACCCAAACAACAGCAUUCAUAAGUUUCACUCAGGAUUCAAAGCUAACAAGUGUUGCAGCCAAAGCCAUAUGAAAAAAAUUCUGGAAGAUCAAGUCCCUCAAAACCCACCUCCUCAGACUAUGGCAUCCG